CCUUUGGAACCCAAAAUCCCAUCCAAAUACAUGACUAUUCUCACUCAUUCCACUUUCCCUAGGUUCUUCUCCCAAUCAUCAAUCUGAUAUAAUGACCUUUCAUAGCAUAACCCCAUUCCCGAGCGGAAUGACAGCCCUCAAAGUGCUUGCCAAAAACACAAACAGAUCUCCCAUGCCCUCUAGAUCCCCGAUAAAUUCCAUAAUCCUGCUACAAAAAGAAAGAAAUCUUCCCCCUACCUAAGCCGCCAAAAUGGACGGCCUCGAUUCAUACCACGAAGAUGGUCGAUCCGUGUGCCUCCGUUGCAUCCAAUCACAUAGCUACUUCCUCACCAGAUCCUGUCCCCCCAGAUAAAAUCCCAUCGCAUUCCUCCCUUUCUCCAUUCCAGCGAUCCAAGGGGCGUUCGUUUUUGUGGUAAGUCUCGUCGCCUGACAUAUGUCGACCGCCGAAGUAGCCGAUGAUCAGGCACUCCCCGCCGAGCCGCCGGCGGAGGUCUCGCCGGAGCCCAAGCCCAGCGAGGAGAAGCCGUUGAAGGAGAAGAAGCCCCGAGCUGCGAAAGCCUCUAAGGAGAAGGAGCCCAAGGCUUUCAAGUCCGCUGUCCCUUCCCACCCUCCUUAUUUCCAGAUGAUCAAAGAUGCGAUCUUGGCGCUCAACGAGAAGACUGGCUCCAGUCCCUAUGCCAUUGCCAAGCACAUGGAGGAGAAGCAGAAAGGGGUCCUACCGGCGAAUUAUAAGAAGGUGUUGGCCAUCCAAUUGAGGAAUUUCACUGCCAAGGGCAAGCUUGUGAAGGUGAAGGCCUCCUUCAAGCUAUCGGAGACCGGGAAGGAGGAGGAGAAGAAGAAGCCGGCGAAGGAAAAGAAGAAGCCGGUGAAUGAGGCUGUCUCUGCUGCGGCUAAGAGGAAGGCCCCUGCUGCCGCUGCAAAGAAGUCUCCGAAGCCUACAAAGGCUAAGAAGCCUGGGGUUAAUAAGACGAAGAAGGCCACCCCUGCAAAGCCGAAGCAACCCAAGUCCAUCAAGUCCCCUGCUGCAAAGAAGGCCAGGAAGGCUGCUGUAUGAUGGUGGAGAUGGAUGAUCUCUGGGACUCCGUUCAACGUUGUAUAAAUCCUUGGUUUAGUUUCCUAUGUACUUCGUCUGUAUAUUUUGGCUGUCAUCGCUGAGAGUUUUUGCCUUCUUGUAGGAUACGCUUAUCUUCUCUGACCGAUCUCGUGACGAAUGAUAAUGGAACCUCAAUAAUAUGGGUUCUGUGAAAGUUUGUUCCUUU